AUAAAUGCCGCGAUGUCUCAACUAUGACAAGUGAUGACGAUUUACUAAAUACAUUGCCGCUUGAUAAAAAAUAAAAAAUGAAAUAUGCUGUUCUGGUUAUGAGUAAAUUAAAAUUUUCUUUCGGAAUCAUUUCAUACUCAUACAAUUCAAACCUGUCGCGUUUAAGUUAUGGUUUGUGGUUAUUGUAUUUCUUCAAAAGAAUAUUACAAGUUGAAAAUUGUGAAAUACACACAAGUUUUCUGUGCUUAAUAUAAACUAAAUACAUUAUUUACAGAGUGCACGAAUAGCAUGAAAUACUUUCAUUAAAGCACUUUAUUUAUUUUUGUAAGAUAAAGUGGGAACUAUGUACAGUGUAAAUGAUAAUAUUUAUGCACCUUAUGUCUUUAUUUAUUUAUUUUUACCUUUUUAAGUAUAUUUGCACGCAUGUAUAUCUUACAUUAUGUUAUCUUAUCAAUCUUAUAAGUUAAUAUACUUUACUUUUCAUUUUAGCUCACACCACAGGAGCACUUGUUUUGUCCAAUUUGUAAUACAUAUAGUGUACACUCAAACAUAAUAACAUAACUCUAAGCCAUUUAGUUUCCGACUAACAGCGAGUAAGGGAUAAUAUAUCAAGGGUCUGCCUGAAAAUCAGCGUUGUAGUAAAUACACUGCAACACUAUGCUGAGGCAAGCUCCAUUUUAACACUCAUGAAUAUUUCUCCCUUAUAUAUACAACUCAAUUUCUUAGUUUUUAAGUCUAAAUUUAAAGCUUAUUUGUAUUAAAUGUCAUUGUCUGUUAACUCUGCACUUUCAUGUGAUGUUGAAUAAAAAAUUUCUAUGUCUAUGUCUAUGUAAAUCAGCAUGGUAGACUGGACAAUAAGUUUGUGGUUAAAAAGUCACGCAAUAUUACUUGAUACUAUAUGCGAAGUCUUCCGGAGAUAAUCUAUGCUACGAGAUCUCGAUACCCCUAAGAUUUUUUCGCAGCUACAUAUCGUAUCACGGGCGUGACAGCCUGUCGUGUUUUUUUUUAUUAUUGGUGAUUUAUUAGUGAUAAGAACAAUGAAGUUAUUCUUGCUUUUAUAUUUAGUGCAUCAGAGUACGGCUAUUAUAUAUAAAUUAAAUUUCACAGAGUUCAGCAAAAUGCCGGACCUGUUCCAAAUGGAUGAUUACGACAAAUGUAUGGUAGCGCCAGGAGGGACUUAUUGCCUUGCCGAUGCAGUUCUGUACUCUAAGGAUGACUCCCAGCUGAUGCAGAUGAUACUGGAAUACUCAGAAUACACGAAAAAACAUUUUAACCACACAGUGGUACACAGAGCGAUGUGCGUCCAAGAAACCUGUAAGGCAUUCAUAAAGAAUAGGAGUUUAGAAAACGAGACGGACCUAGGAUUGAUCCUUGAGGAAUGCAUCGACGAUUCUAUGUGGAAGGAAUACAAGCUUAAUGCCAGGUUAAAAAAAAUAAAUUAUUGCAAGAGACAUGGACAGAAUAGACCACUCGGCGCAGGAGACUACAUUAUGGGCAUUGUGUACUUAUCGCUAAUCGCUAUCAACGCAGUCGGCACCGUGUAUGAUAUGGUUAAAGGCGAAAACGCAAAGAACCCUUAUCUCCUGGCGUUCUCCAUGCGUAAGAACUGGCGUAAGCUGGUGGCGCCAAGCGGCGUGGGACCAGACCCUCGGCUAAACCGACUCACUGUAUUUAAUGGACUCAGGACUAUGACAAUGGUAUGCGUGUUUUUCUCGCACACCGCGCUCGUAAUGGUCUUCUCAUAUCUUAAAAAUCCCUACUAUAUCGAGACGUCAUACGAGGAUCCCGGUAAAUUUAUACUCUUCAACGGGACCCUAGUGACUUACACAUUCUUCGUCAUGUCGGGGUUCUUGCUGGCAUUCAACUUCGAGCUACAUGCAGAGAAACACCGGGUUACCCUGUGGGACUGGCCAAAAGGCAUGCUGAUGCGAUGGUUGAGAUUGACCCCAACGUACGCCCUCAUCAUAUUCACGAUCAUGACUUUGAUGCGACACUUGGGUGACGGUCCACUCUGGGACUUGCUGGUUUCCAGCGAAGCGCCGGCCUGCAACCAAUACUGGUGGACGCACUUUCUCUACAUUAACAACUACAUCUACGACAACUCGCAUUGCUUCCCGCAGAGUUGGUACCUGGCAGCAGACACGCAGUUGUUCGGUGUAGGUCUGCUUUUGUGCAUCCUCUUUCGAAAAUGGCGACCGCAGCUCCUCGCUCUCAGCAUCAUGCUGAUCAUAUCCAUCCUCAUUCCUGCAGCACACACCUACUUCCAAGAUCUUGAAGCGGUGGUCCUACAGAGUCCAGAGGUGUUGCGUAGUAUUUAUCACACCGACGAUACUUACCGCCUGGUAUUUGUGCGCGGACAUACUAACCUGUCUACGUACACAUUGGGCAUCGCCGGCGGGCUGCUGGCCUACCACUGGUUGAAGAACGACCAGAAAAUCUCCGCACGUCUGCAGAAAUUUCCCUGGGUGAUGUGGUUGACUUUCCCCGUCGGAGUGGGCCUUAUCCUCACGGGCGGUAUCUUCUACAUCGACGGCUUUGAACCCUCCACCCUGCUCCGGGUUCUGUACGCGUGCCUCAACAAACCUAUCUUCCAAGCAGUGAUCAUUGUAAUAAUAUUGGCCUGCAUCUUCAGGGUUGAAAACACGUACCGUGGUAUCGUCGAGUGGCGUGGGUUUUCAUGGAUGGCCCGUUGCACGUACAGCGCUUUCUUAGUGCACGGGUCCAUACAGCGCGGACUGAUCGGCGCUGGUCGGCAGCCUACAUUUAUGUCUGACUAUUACGUGUUGACAAUCCUCGCAUCCACCAUCUUCCUGUCAUACGGGCUGGGGGCGCUGCUGUGGAUCACCGUGGAGUCUCCGCUCGCUCAGGUGUCUAAAGCGGCCCUCGCGCCACCCCGACGAGUGAAGGUGGAACCGAAUGAAGAGAUCACUACUAAAGUCUGAGCUCACCGUGACAAGCCAAUUAAUUAGGAAAGGAGACGGACGCGCCCCAUACAAACGUAUCCCCAUACAUUACUGCAAAUUAUAUCCGGAAAUACUAGGUAUCCGGUGCGGUGAGUGAAGAUGAUAUGUAAAGGAAUUUCAUACAGCCUUACACACCUAUGCCUGUAACUCCUGUAAGGCACCCUUCUUUUGUUUUUAAACGUCAAAUUGUGACACGUCUUUGCAUUCAACCAUAAAAAACCUAUCAAACCCUGAAAUUAUAAUUUAAAACACAAAAAACAAUUAGCCCAUAGGUUUUUUAUGGUUGAAUGCAAAGACGUGUCACAAUUUUACAUAACUUCAUAUAUUUUAACCAUAGCUAAGCUAUGCCCCUACGUUUAAGUUUUGUGGAUUUUCUGAUUAUUGUAAAAAUUAGAAGCGAAAAACAGAUUUCAUACAAUUUUUAAAUGAUGUGAUAAAAUGCUUGCAAGUACAAAUGUAAUUUACGAAAUGUAAU